AUGGCGGACAGAAUUUUACUAAACGCUUGCAAAGGAAAACCAAAGUCAUUGAGCCUCUGUAACAAGAAUUUAGAAAGAGUUCCACCAAUUAUUGGCACUAUUACGUCUUUAAGAACUGUUGACUUGAAAAAUAAUAAGAUACAAAAUUUACCUAAGGAAUUUGCUGCAUUAAACCAGCUUGAAGCGUUGAAUUUYGGAAAUAACAGAUUAGAAGAGCUUCCCGAAGUAUUAUCGUACCUUGAAAGUUUACAAAAACUUCAUCUCUUUAAAAACUUGUUGAAAGAUUUAAAGCCCAGUGUAUUGACUGGUUUACAAAAAUUAACAUUUUUGAAUCUYAAUGGMAAUUAUCUUACAACUUUACCACCUGAAAUAAACAGACUUGUAUCGCUACAGUUUCUCAGUAUCAACAACAAUCAGCUCUCUAUCGUCCCUACAGAAGUGUGUCAUUUAAUAAACCUUACUGAGCUCCACAUUGCUGACAAUCAGAUAACAGGUCUCCCAGAAGACAUUGCUUUCCUAAAAAACCUAACAAAAUUAUACGCACAGAAGAAUUACAUUGAAGAACUUCCAGAGGGUCUAACCAAAUGCUCCAGACUUGAGACACUUGACAUCUCAGCCAACAGRCUAAGAAUAUUUCCUGCUGAGCUUUCUCAUCUCUCACUGAAAGAAUUAUACUGUGAAGAAAAUAAUCUUCUUAAACACAUCCCAGUCCACUCRCAACAAGAAGAUGAAGUACUGACUUUAAAGUGYGUCAAUCCGUGUACCCGGGAGUCCAAUUAAAAUAAAAAUGUGUCUCUUUCUAGUCGUUCCUACGUCAGACGGUCAAUACGUCACUACCCAAAGAUCCAAGAGAUGUUACAGUAUGCCAGUGAGUGUGCUGUGUGUGGAGAAUCAUUCUUGAAUACCUGGUUAGAGUGUGUACACUUUGUGGACGCCAAAAAGACAUUAAAGACCAAGACAARUACUCGUAUCAUCCCAGUCAGAGGUCUUCUCUGCUCUUACAAGUGCUUCAACUCUGAAGGUCAUGACUAUUUUGGCAUUGCCAAUGUUGAAGAAUCCUAAGGCGUCACUCGCUGUACCUUGUUGCUGUAUUGCUAAAGGUGRUGUUACACGGACCAACUUGCAACGCCGAUUUUUUUUGCGCAACACUGUUGCACAAAAAAUCGUUGUCGUGUAACAUAGCGCCGAGGACGAUUUUUCGCGCAAUUUUUCACUCUGCAACACGUUGCAAGUUUUUGAUCUGGCUUCAAAAACUUGCAACGCAAGGUGACGAAUAUUCAGCAAGCGAYGUGUGUAACAUGUCCAUCGCCGAUUUGACGCGCAACAAAAUGGCGCCGACUGUAGAAGAAGUAAGUUUAAAGAAUACAGCAACUGCAACAGUUGUCUAAACCUAAUGAAACAGACAAGAUAAAACUUUUGUCGUUGAUAAAAAAUGAUAACAGCAAGAAAAGAAGAAAAAAGAAAGCCGUGAGUGAGUUGGCAGCGCGUGGACUGAGUACUAAAGUAAAUGUUGCGCGAAAAAGAACGAACAUAUUCGGUGCUAAAAAGUACUAUUUAAACAACAAGAAAACCAACUGAAACGUGUAUAAAGCAACAAAAAAAGGCAAGAACAAGACCUAAAUAUGGAAUGACCAUUCCUUUUGUAGUGCACUUUGUCAAACUGCGAGCUGGCGUGAUUCAGCUCCUUUGUAGAUUCACUGGGCGUUUCUGAAGCUAUGUUUUUGUAAAUAUGAAUAAAACAUUAUAGUGAAAUAA